AUGUCGACUAUGGAGAAAAGAGACGAGGAGCAUAUCGUAUCUCCAUCUGCUAGUGAAGUGCUUUCCGGUGCGGAUAUUCAUAAGGAAGUUAAUGUCUCCGGACAUGUCCCUGUUCUGGAGAAAAAGUUCAACCUACUGAGUGCGUGCGCUACUGGAGUCACGACGGGCAACACAUGGACUGCAUUAGGUGGAGCUAUUGUCGUGGCAUUUUAUAAUGGAGGGCCUCCUGGUAUUAUCUACGAAUUUAUCGCGGCCUCUGUAUUUUAUUGGUUUAUUGCGGCGUCUAUUGCGGAACUUGCUUCUGCUAUACCUGCUUCAGGUGGAGUAUAUCAUUGGGCUACCGUCACCGGCGGACCAAAAUAUGGUCGUAUCUGCGGAUGGUUUGCAGGAUGGCUCAACUUCUUCGCCUGGACGUUUGGCAUAUCAGCCAACUGCAACAUCAUCGCCGGUAUGAUCGUCUAUUCAUGGGGCAUGUUCCACCCAGACUAUGAAGUCGAGAGAUCGCACGUCUUUGCUGCAUACGUUAUCAUUUGCUGGGGAACAUGCUUUGUUGUCAUGUUCGCCAACCGAAUUCUCCCUUGGAUCAAUAGGAUUGGUUCCUUCUUGAUCCUUGGUGGCGUGUUUGUCACCAUUGUUGUGUGCGCCGUGAUGCCGAGCAAGAAUGGUAAAGGCUAUGCUACAAAUAGCUUUGUUUGGGGAGAGUGGCAGAACCUCGAGGGUUACUCAAGUGAUGGCUUCGUCUUCUUGGCUGGUAUGCUUAAUGGUGCUUUUGCGGUGGGUACGCCUGACUGUGUCACUCAUAUUGCGGAAGAGAUCCCCCAAGCCGGGAAGAACCUUCCUAAAGUCAUCCUGUGCCAAGUUGCCAUCGGCUUCUUCACAGCCAUCUUCUACAUGAUUGCCAUACGCCAUCUUCGCCCUCGACUCCAUCUGCCCAUUAGGAGACAUCUAUCGACAAGCAACCGGAUCCGCCGGCGCAGUCUCGGCCUGCUCAUCGUCAUCCUGCUCCCCAUUGUCGCCGCAACAGUCGGCUGCUACAUAGUAGCGGGCCGCACUCUCUACUCCUUGGCCCGAGACGACGCCGCGCCAUUCAUCAACCACCUAGGCGCCAUCAGCCCACGCUUCAAGAGCCCUCUGUACGCAACGUUCGCCUGCGGCAUCAUAUCGACAUGCAUGGGCGCCAUUUACGUCGGCUCCACAGAAGCGUUCAACUCCUUCGUCGGCUCCUUCGUGUUGCUCACUACGACCUCCUUCCUCCUCGCCAUCGGGCCACAUCUUCUGUCCGGCCGCAAGAGCAUCAAACCGGGGCCGUUCUGGAUGGGCCGGUAUGGAUUUGUCGUGAAUGCGAUCUCGUGCAUUUAUAUCGUUGUCUUUAACGUCAUCUAUUGUUUUCCAUAUGCGCUGCCUGUAAAGGCGGAUGAGAUGAACUAUACGAGUGUCAUUACGGUUGGGCUUGCGGUUCUGGUUGCGAUUUGGUGGUUUGUUCAUGGGAGAUCUAAAUAUGUUGGCCCUCAGGUAGUCCUUGAAUGA